GAGGGGGACAGUAACCUUAACGACAUCUGACGGGGAGGCCGUGUUGUUUGGCCCGAGAAAUAAAUUGCGAUGUUGUGUACGUAAAUACUUUUACGUUGUGUGCUAAGAUGUUAAUUUAAAAACUUUAUUUACGUGGGGUAUGAGUGAAUGUACAUAAUUAGUGUCAGUAUGUUUUCGGGUCUAUUAAGGAAUAAGUGUGAAUUGAAUAAUUUGAAGUUACUUCUACUUUUGAAUAUUUUUUUCGCGGAUUCUGUAAUUGCCCAAAGCCGGGCCCCACGGAUAAAGGAGCAUCCCGCUGACACCAUAGUGGGGAGAAGUGAACCCGCUACCCUCCGCUGUGUUGCUGAGGGCAAACCAAAACCAACAAUCCAGUGGUACAAAGACGGUGAGCCGCUCGCACCCACAGAUCACCCACACAGAGUCUUACUAGAAGAUGGAUUGUUAUUUCUCAGGGUUAUGCGUGGAAAAAAGGAGAGUGAUGAAGGGGUCUACUGGUGUGUCGCGCGCAAUAUUGUCGGUGAGGCCGUUAGCAAGAACGCCACACUCACGAUCGCUGUUCUUCGGGAGGAAUUCAGAAAUGAACCACGAGAUGUGAAAGUGGCAAGUGGAGAAUCGGCGUUGUUAGAAUGUUUAUCACCGAAAGGAGUGCCAGACCCAUCAGUGCAUUGGGUCAAAGAUGGACAUACUUUAGAUGUAGAUGUAAAUGGAAGAAUUACUAUAAUAGAUGGUGGCGAUUUGAAGUUUAUUGAAAGUCUUCCAAGUGAUAGCGGUGUCUAUAAAUGUGUGGCAUCAAACGUAGCUGGGGAAAGACAAUCGCGUCCUGCCACAUUUCUCGUGUUACGCAGACCACAUUUCCUCGUGAAACCUAAUAAUAUAACGGCACUUAUAGGUCAGAAUGUGGAGUUUCACUGUCAAGCUUCACCCGAAUCAGAUGUAUCAGUGACUUGGUCCCGGGAUAAAGGUCAAUUAUCUCCAUACGCUAUUGUACGAAGAGGGUCUCUAAGGAUAGAUAGGGUGGUAUUAUCUGAUGGUGGGACAUACACGUGCCGUGCGGAAAGUCAAGCUGGAAGUAGCGACGCUAGCGCAACUCUAACUAUACAUUCUUUACCGCAUUUUAUACGUGUGCCAUCUGAUCAAACUGCAUGGGAAGGAGAAUCUGUUUCCUUUCCAUGCGAAGCGGAUGGAAUCCCAAAGCCAAUCAUAUUCUGGACAAUGGAAGGAUCUCAGGAGCUUAUUUUUCCAAAUUCAGUGCACGUAAGCGGCUCGCUAUAUUUGGAUCGUGUUUCGACGCAGCACGCCGGCAGACUGACAUGCGUCGCUGUCAGUGCUGCUGGAAGCGCAUUACAUACCAUCACAUUGCAGGUUUUAAGAAGAGAAGCGAAUUCAUUCAAUGAUAAUUUGGAAUCAUCAUCUUCCCAUCCGGAUAUAAACAAACCGCAAAAUCAUCCACCGAUGACACAAUACGAAUUAGUUCAAGCUCGACGCUAUUUGCAACAGGAUGUUUUGGCAUUGAGGCGGGUGGAAGGAAUAUCAGCAACAACUCUAAAAAUUGUUUGGGAUGUAAUGACAGAUUAUAACGAAUACUUAGAAGGCGUAAAAAUAUGGUUUAAUGGAACGUCAUUGAACAAAGAACAUGCAUUUGAAUAUUAUAGUCAACAAUCAAAUAUUAGCUUGGAUGCUUUUGUGGAACUCACUAGACACGAGAAUUUCACCAUGACCACUAUUCAUAACAGCGGUUCCUCUAGUCAUAUUUUAACAGGGUUAAUACCAUAUGCAAAGUAUAAUAUAUUUUUGAUGCCAUUUUACAAAUUACUUCUUGGGAAACCGUCCAAUAUUAAAAGUGGAUUUACAGAAGAAGACAUUCCCUCAGCAGCACCACAGAGUGUAACAGCUGGUGUUAUUAAUUCUUCAUCAGCAUGGAUUCGUUGGGACCCACCACCUAUAGACGCCUGGAAUGGAGAACUAUCUGGUUACUUAAUUGAAGUGCGGGUUGGUGGGACCAACUCUGGCCGCGUGGUCGGUCAGAUGUCACUCGGAGCGCGCACCCGUGCCGCAGCGGCCAGUUCCCUGCGGGCGGGCGGCCGGUACAUAGCGCGCGCUGCAGCAGUCACCCGUCGUGGACACGGGCCGUUCAGCGCUCCUGCUCACAUACACAUGCUGCCCACACAGUCGCAGCGACACUACGUGCAGACGGAACCAGCGAGAGAUAAAGCAAUAUUAUCGGUUUUCCAUGAGACUUGGUUAUUAGUACUGAGUAUAAUAAUUUUGGGGGUUAUUAUAGUUGGUUCUGGUGUUAUUAUAUAUUUCCGACAACGUCAGUUGAAGCAACGAAAGAGUCAUAACGCUACUUGUGCUCCACUGACGAAUACACAACAGUGUCUAUUAGGCAAGGAAGCAGCGUGGCCUAGAGAUAGACCUUUGUAUGCGACAUCAAACGAACCUCGCGUGGAAAUGUUAAACUGUCAUCAGAGUCUUCUACAUGGUAACAACACAAUUGGAACUAUGACUAUGGAAGCAGAAUAUAGUCUUCCUCAACAUACUGGUGUGAUAAGCGAUAUAUGUCUCGAGGAUAAAAGGAAAUACCCCCCUGAGCCAUAUGCUUCAAGUGCAAUCUAUAGUGAACUUAACUAUCAGGGUCACACUGAUGCAGAAGACUCGUGUAUCAAAUGUGCAGUUAGUCCUGGUUCCUACGACAACAGCAUGGUGAGAUCGUUUGCAGAAAGCAACCAGUAUUCAAACGAAGAAUGCUCAACAUGCUGUAGAAGUAGCAGUAAUAGCUCAACAUUAACUAAAGAUUAUAGUGAAAUGACCAAAUGUGGUAAUGUUGAUGAUCAAGACUUAUCAAUAGAAGAAUGUCCAUCGUGUAAGACUGCACAAUCAAGAUCAACAAGUCAACACGAUGCUCGCAAAGAAUGGGCUGCCAUAGCUGAUGUUGAAUACGACUAUCCUCAAUGGCAGUGGUUAGGGCGAGAAAACAGCUUUAGACAUGGACAAGAACAACGGUAUCCAAGUCAAGGAAGAAGAAGUGAACAGAACUGUAGAAUGAAUUUAUGUGAUAUACUACCACCUCCACCAUAUGAAAGGGAGUCACCAUAUCAAGAAAUGCACGCGUAUGGAAAUCAUACAGGAGCAUCAGGUUCGGGAAGCUCCGGACAUUCCUACCGAAGUUAGCUCAUAAAAAUAUCAUUAGUACCUAACGAAAGCAAUAAUAAACUAAAAAUAGUUCAAUUAAUUGAAGGUUAACACCAUAUAGGUAUUGUUGGAAUCCGGCUAGUAUUUUGUAAAUUUUCUUUAGCUCCUCUUAUAUUCAGCUCCUCUUAUCCUUAGUGAUUUUGCCUUCGACAAUGCUCAAAAUACUCAGUAUAAGCAAUGAAGUUGUAAAGCUAUAUUAUUUUUUCAUUUUGUCGGUGUUAAGGGUUGAUUACUAAGGGUUGUAGGUUUUGUGGAUGUGUUUACGAAUAGACUGCAAUGUAUCGACGUAAUUAUUAGGCAUUAGUUUUUAUCUUUCUCUAGAAACUGUGAUAUAGAAUAAUUUUGUAAUUGCAUUUUAAUUUUGUAUAUAAUUAGAUGUUUGAUAUCCUUAUACACUUUUAUCUUCUAUUUAUUGUAACUUAUUGAAAAACAUAGAAUAAAAACCUACUGAAUUUUUGGUCACAGUGUAGCGUUUGUAAUAAAAAUGAAAUAUCUUGAUUUCCAUAUUCCGAAUUUCUAAUAUUGUCAUUAACUUAUUAAACGAUAGCGAAUGG